AAAAAAAAGUACAGAGUUUCAAGAUCUACGGGUACGAAUAGCAUAGGUAAAACUUGAGACUGACACUUGAGUUGUCUAGUCUUUCUGUCUUUGUUUCCGAUCAAUAUCGUGUUCCAUCCGGCGGAUGCUUGUUUCACGUUUACCAAUGCAAGCUGCGCGAGAGAAAUUGCUUGAAACACAGUAUUUUGUGAACAGAAGAGAAGCCAAAAACUGAGAAAUAAAAGUAGCUCUCUCUGCCCUUCUUAUAGAUUCUGUUGUUAUCGGACUGCAUUGUUGAUGGAGAAAUAGGCUGACACACUACUGGGGUGAAUUUCUUGACCGCGGAUUAACUGAAAUGGAAAGAAAAAUACAAAGUUCCCUAAACAAGGUAUCGUUUGUAUCAAUCACCAUAGCCACACUUAUUGCCUUUUCUCUCUUCCUCCAAACCCCAAAAACAAGCAUCCCACCAAGCACUCCCCAAAAGCCUCGCUUGAGGUUCCCUAACUCCACCUGUGACUCUACCCCUCGCCACUAUCUUCCUCUUUCCAAGAAGAAUGCCCGCCUCUGGUCCUCCAAAUCUUGGAUGACCCAGGUCUCUUCCUUUACUGAAUUCUUCACCCAACUGUACCAAAUGAGACUCCUAAAGAAGCACUCCAAAGUCCUCUGUGUCUCUGCUGGAGCCGGCCACGAGGUCAUGGCUUUAUCUAAAAUGGGUCUGGAGAAUGUCAUAGGUGUUGAACUGAUAGAAUCCUUGCCUUUGGUUAGCAGGGCCAAUCCACAUAAUCUUCCUUUCUUUGAUGGGGCUUUCGAUGUUGCCUUUUCUGGUCAUUUGGUGGAGGCCUUGUAUCCUAUGCGGUAUGCAGGGGAGAUGGAGAGGACAGUCAGGAAAGGCGGACUGUGUGUGGUGGUUGUGGAUGAAUGUAGCGAGGAGGAAGUCAAGGAGAUUGCCAGGUUGUUUAGGAAGUCUUGGCUUCUCGGUUCGUCCAAUGUGACCUUGAAUGGAAGGAGAGUAACAACGAUUAUAAUGAGACAUAAAGCUAGUGAUUAAUCAGGUUCUUCGUUUUUAAAACACUGUAGUGGUUUGUAUGUAGUAUUGGAUUCAUGUUCAUUAGUGUAUAUCAGUACAUUUGAAAAUGACAAACAUGGAUGUAAUCUGAGGAAAGAUUGGAGCAACUCUUUUCUUUCCAGUUUUGCAUUGA